AUGAAGGUCUCUGCCAUGCUCAGCUUGUUGGCCAUGCACUCCUGCCAAGCACUUGCCCAAUAUUUAGAGGGAACAUACGCAGUUGCCUCAGCGGGAACCGAGCUUUAUCUGGCAGACGCGUCUGGUACCAUUACUUUCAAGGAGGGAGAUCCUCAGGCUUGGUUCUUCAUUGAAGCAGACAUUGACCAGUAUGCGAUCGUGAACAAUGGCACGAACCAGUACAUCAAUUGCGGUUCGGAGGAGGGUGCGAUUUGCAGCACGUCCGCGACAGCGCAGCUUUUCCUGAUAAACAACAUUUCCGGCGAUAUCUACACCUUUCAGGACCCCGGAAGCGAGUUGCUUCUGCAUCGGAACUCGAAUAAUCAGCUGGAUCUCUCUCCUCCUACCCCUACCAAUGAUGAGAGCUUCCAGUUGACGCAGAUUUGA